GUUUCAGGAUGCGACGCGUCGGGGAAGAAGCCUCUCUCCGGCUGGUGCAGGUUGAACAAAUUCGCACUCUGGCAAUCCUCAUGCGUUUCACACAGCUUCUCCUCAGCCUCCCAUGGUUCGUAUCUUUCGCCGAGCCUGCGCAGCACGAAUACUGAUAUUUUUACGCGCUCGCAAGCGUCGCGGAGACACAAGGUUGUCUAUUGUCUCUAAAAGACCUAAAAGAAUGUACGUUUGCUUUUCAAAGUUUCGCGCGGCGGUCGGUCUGUCUGUGUGUAACGCGAGAGAGUGAGUUCCUUGGUUUAAGACUUUCGCAAGAUGCCGUUCAUCAGGGGAGGAGGAGACUCGGACUCGAAGUGUACCGAAGCCGACUGUGGUUUUUGCCCUGGCAGACAGAUCCGACAGCCUUGUAGGAGUCAGCAUCGCAGUCCGAACUUCUUUUUUCGCCUUGCACGGUGCAAGUCCUUUUCGCUGCAAAGGUUCGAGAGUCUCAUUCCUUGCUGCCAAGCCGCGAAAGAAGCAGGGCCUCUUCAUUCAACGGAAAGGUCUCUGACGAAGCGGUUCGCUCUCGAAUCUUGGCCAGAAACUCGUCGGUACCACCGUUUAGUGUGGAGAAAACAGCUCGGAGUUGAACGACGUCGUGGUUUCCCGGUGUGAACAAAAAAGUUCCACACAUUCCAUGGCCCCCCCUUUUGCGCACUGGUGCGGCUUUUCGGAUCUUGCAAACGACCUCAGCGCGUUUCCCUCUUGACGUAUCCUGCGUUUGUUCUUUUUCCGCCACAGCAGAACACCGCAAGUGUCGCUUUUCCCUUUUUUUCGCUUUCGACGGAGGCGCUGCCCGAGGCUCCCCGGCAGGGCCAAGCCGCCAUGCCGCUUCCCUCCAGAACUGUGCGCAACGCAGAAAAGUCUUACGGGAGAUGGAUUUCUGACGACCCGACUCGAUUCACCAAGAACUGCAGAGUUUCACGAGCCAGCAACCACGCAAAUCGUCGCCGAUUCAAUGCCAACAUGUAGAGACAUGAAUGGCUGAAUCGCCAUUCGGGUGCUGCGAGCUGCAGCUCAGUUCCUCGUGUAAAGAGGAGGGAUUCUCAGCGUUUUCGCGGGUAGCAUUUCCAGAAGGCUCAUCACGGUCUUCCUCGCAGGUAAAGGAACUCGACAGGACUCGCUCGCUUUCUAAAAAGACAAGAAACUCGAAAGACACAGCCCUGUCCGGACAGCGCCUGGGCGUGCUCUCGUAUUCCCCUUCCGUUUCCUGAAGAUUUCUCUGACGUCAGCCAACUGCGCGUUUUCGGUGCGACCCUGUUGCGGAGUUCGGAUCUUUCGAUUCGCGGGAACGCAGACAACGCGGGCAAGAGGCAGCUCGUGUGCCUUUCACGGAAAAGCCUUUGCUUUUUCCAGCUCUUCCGCGCUUGUCUAACCGCGAACUGUUUGGCGCGCGUCUCGUCGAGGCGCACUGCGAGCUCGUGCGUGGACGGCGCGUUGUUUUCGAGCGCAGUCGUUGGUCGGAAAGCCUGUCCUGCAGUUCUCGCUUUUUUUUCUGAAAUUUUCGCGAGCUCUCGUUUUUCUCUCGAGGCAGACGCCUUUCCGUCGCGGUUCCGCAGCCGCUUCCGCGGGUGUUCUGUGCAGCUGUUCCGGGCAGUUGUGUAGGAGGCUUUUCGUCUAUUAGCAAGCCGUCCAUUUCCACAAGAGUUUUCUGUCCACGCCCCUUGUGAGUCUUUCCAAGUUGCUCUUUCUUUCUUCAAAGAGCUUGUCUUGCGCGACAAAAAAGAGAAUACCCUCGCGACUCGCGCCGUCACACACACACACACACAACGAAAGUUUUUCCCCCACCAGGUUGAGCGCGUUUCCUCCGUUCUUCUGGGAGUUUCUUGAAAGCCGGGUGCCUGAAAACGUUCAGCUCCGCUCUUCUCCUUUCUUUUUUCUCCCCUUUUUUGUUCCUGGCCUCCGGAGUUCGUGAAUUCGUCACAGGAGUCGUGGUUUGGGUUUCCUAGUGUUUAUCGCAGUUCGCUUCCUCCGUUUUGGAGAGAGGCUGAAGAGGGCGUUUGAGCGCUUUUGCUCCAACUCGCUUCAUCGCAGACUCGAGGCACCGCCUCCCUACAGGUGUUGUUUCCUGGAAAGCAUCCGAGCUGGAACAAGGUCCGUUUUCUCUCUGGGAGUCGAACGGGGCAUCUCUUUCGAUUCACCACCGCACAUGAAGAAUACUCGCAGCGACGGCUCUUUGCGAGUUCCCACAAUUUCUUUUCCCCGAGAGUUGAUAAAAUCCCCGGAAGUCUUGCGGCGACCUGCUUCGCGGUUUUUCCAGAGACGCUGCAAGGCGUUGCUUGCCGACCUGCCUCUCGAGACUCGAGGCCUCCCGCGCGCAUUGCGUGGACCUUUCUUUCUGAGUCGCGAAGAACUCUUUCCCUCCAUUUUCCUAUCGAAAAAAAGCCGCUCUUUGGGGUCGCUCCUUCUCUACUGGACAGGAGUUCCCCGUCUGCACUCCCAGGUGGCGCGCGUCUUCUUCUCUUCCGUUGAGGCCUCGUUUUUUCCUUUCAUCUCGAUGUUUUCCGAGUCCGAACCUCUCGGAAUCCGUAGGGCCUGUCUCUCCCAAUCGCAGCGGAAGGACAAAACGACGCUCAGAGGUCGACGCGGUCCGCGCAGAAACUCCGCAGUGCGGCAUUGCCUGUUUCGUCAGGCGGUGCAGGACAGAGUGUCUUCUCUGCAUCUCUCCAUCUGAGAGGGGAGAGCUUUUUUUCGAGGAGAAAGGCAACUUCGCCGCCUGUGUCUUGCAGAGGCCUUCUUUUUUUUCUCUCCUCGUGGAGAGUGAGGGAGAGCCUCUUUGCCGAAAAAACUCUUCAGAGGGGUCGUCGAUAGACACAGAGAGACGAAUUCGCUAUCGAGAACAGCGCCUGUGGCUUUUUGUGGUCGUCUUCCUCUCCAAGACUGUCUCUGCUUGUGCGUUUUCUCUCUUCGUUCACCGCUCUCUGCGCGCAUCUCCUUCCUCUCUCUCUCUGUCGUUUCUGGACCUAUGGUUCUUGUCUUGUCCUACUCUCGUGGUGCCUCCUUCUUCGUUUCUCAUCGUCGAUUUUCUCUUUUUCUUCCGUGAAAAUGGAUGACCAGGAAGAGCGCUCGCGAGCGACGCCCGCCUCGCAGGAGACUUCGGUCUCCGAGCCGCCUGCAACUUCUCCUCCGCGGCUCUCUGGGCGUUUAGCGCCUCUGUCUCCGGACCUCUGCGCGUCUGCCUCGCUCUCCUUUUCUCCUCGCUCUCGGACCUCCUCUCACGGCGGCUGUUUCGACACCCAGGAGACUUCUAGCGCGAGGUCCUCGCCUUCCCUGGACGCGGAACGCAGCACAAAGCGUUCCUCUUCGUCGCGCUCGACGCAGGUACCUCUCUCCCCGCAGUCUCGCAAGCGCGAAGAACUGCCGACUCGCUGUACACUCUCCUCCACGCCUCUUCUAGCGAACUUGCCGCCGCUGGAUGCUGCACAAGGUUCCAUCGAGCCGCCGAGAGUUCCGUCGCCUUCUUGGCAAGCUCUGCUGGAGGCCCGCGCUCAUGCGGGAACGCUGGAGAUCUCGGGGACGCAGCCGCGAGACCAGUUCCUUGUCAACUUCAUCUUCGCCGCGAAAAUCCUCGCCGCCGUCCUCGCCGCCGUACUCAUCGUCUCUGCGUUUACUCACCUCGAGGCUGUCGGCGUUCUCGUCAACACUCUCCUCGCCAAGGUGCAGGCCUUAGGUCCUUGGAGUCCGUUCGCCUUCGUGCUCAUGUACGUCGCUCUCGUCAUCUUCAUGGUCCCUGCAGAGGCGCUGAACGUCGCAGGAGGCUUCAUCUUCUCUCGUAUCUACGGCUGCUUCGUUGGAGUUCCCCUGGCGCUCUGCUGCAGCAUGACGUCCUUGACGACCGCAGGAAGCAUUUGUUUUCUCCUUUCUCGACAUGUUUGCUCCAAACAUGUCGAGAAACUUUUCCGUGGAAGUGACAUUUACUACGCCUUUCAACUUGCCGUGGAGGACGGAGGAACUUGCUUCGUUGCCCUCAUUCGUCUCUCCCCCAUUCUCCCUUACUCGAUUACGAGCUACCUCUUUGGCCUCACGUCUCUCCGGCUGUCUCAGCUGGUAGUAGGCUCUUUCUCCAGUGUUCCACUCGUCUUCAUCUUCAACUGCGUAGGAGCUGCGCUGCGAGACAUCGACAACGUCGACUUCGGCCGCCUGCACUUGAGCUGGCAGAAGGCGCUCCUGGGCCUGUUCGGUCUCGCCACGGCAACGGUGAGGGGGUUCAUGGGGAAAGUUGACUUUUCACAGCGAAGGAGAAUAGAACCUAUGAGACACAAAGAAGGAGCGCAUGUUUUCCAGAUGUGA